AUGUCUUUUAAUGAGGAAAAACAAGAUGGUGUCGAUAUUGAAGAUUUAACAUCCAGAAAAAACUCUGAAACUGAAGUGUUGAAAGCUUUAGAACUGAGAGAAGCUGAACUAGAUGAGUAUAAGCUAAAGUUAAUAACCAGAACUAAUCAAGCAUCAAAUCAAAUCCUAGAGAAUCAUCAUUCAAUGACUGUUGAGAAUAGGAUUUUGAAUUUCUUUAUAUUUGCAUUCACUAUAUUUAUUGUUUUACAAUUUUCAUUGAUACUGAUAAUGAAACUUGAUAUUGACUGGCCAUCACUUUUGCAGUUUAUAAGCUUUGAAGACUUUUAUCAAAUAUCAUGGUUAUGUAUCUUGGUGAUUGUUAGAUGUUACAUUGGAGUAAAGAUAUUUAGGAGGCUCGUUAAAACAAAUAUAUUGUUUAAGCUGUUGAAUUAUCAGUUCAUGGGGUUUUUGAAAUCAACAUUGAUGACAAUGGGUAUAAAUAUAUUGGUAUCUAUGGAUUAUAUUGGUAACCAUGAGCAUGUGAACCGAGUGCUGGACAUAGUGAAGCAGAUGAGCACAGUAUACAAGAAAAUCAAUUGUUUGUUUGUAAAAAGCUCGAAAGUAACUAUAUUUGCAGUAUUCAAUAAUUCUGCCGGGACUAUUGGCGAUGAAGAUAGUCCUGAUGUGCAUGACUUGCAAUCUUUCACGUGA